AGAGAGAGAGAGAGAGAGAGAGAGAGAGAGAGAGAGAGAGAGAGAGAGAGAGAGAGAGAGAGAGAGAGAGAGAGAGAGAGAGAGAGAGAGAGAGAGAGAGAGAGAGAGAGAGAGAGAGAGAGAGAGAGAGAGAGAGAGAGAGAGAGAGAGAGAGAGAGCAGGGGAGAGUGUUGCAAGGGAGAGUGUUGCAAGGAGUGUGUGAAAGGAGUGUGUAGAAAGGAGAUUGUUGCAAGGGAGAGUGUUGCAAGGGAGAGUGUUGCAAGGGAGAGUGUUGCAAGGGAGAGUGUUGCAAGGGAGAGUGUUGCAAGGGAGACUGUUGCAAGGGAGAGUGCUGAAAGGGAGAGUGUUGAAAGGGAGAGUGUUGCAAGGGAGAGUGUAGAAAGGGAGAGUGUUGAAAGGGAGAGUGUUGCAAGGGAGAGUGUUGCAAGGGAGAGUGUUGCAAGGGAGAGUGUUGCAAGGGAGAGUGUUGCAAGGGAGAGUGUUGCAAGGGAGAGUGUAGAAAGGGAGAGUGUAGAAAGGGAGAGUGUAGAAAGGGAGAGUGUAGAAAGGGAGAGUGUAGAUAGGGAGAGUGCUGAAAGGAAGAGUGCUGAAAGGGAGAGUGCUGCAAGGGAGAGUGCUGCAAGGGAGAGUGCUGCAAGGGAGAGUGUUGCAAGGGAGAGUGUUGCAAGGGAGAGUGUUGCAAGGGAGAGUGUAGAAAGGGAGAGUGCUAAAAGGGAGAGUGUAGAAAGGGAGAGUGCUGAAAGGGAGUAUGUUGCAAGGGAGAGUGUUGCAAGGGAGAGUGUUGCAAGGGAGAGUGUAGAAAGGGAGAGUGCUAAAAGGGAGAGUGUAGAAAGGGAGAGUGCUGAAAGGGAGUAUGUUGCAAGGGAGAGUGUUGCAAGGGAGAGUGUUGCAAGGGAGAGUGUUGCAAGGGAGAGUGUAGAAAGGGAGAGUGCUAAAAGGGAGAGUGCUGAAAGGGAGAGUGCUGAAAGGGAGUAUGUUGCAAGGGAGAGUGUUGCAAGGGAGAGUGUUGCAAGGGAGAGUGUUGCAAGGGAGAGUGUUGCAAGGGAGAGUGUUGCAAGGGAAAGUGUAGAAAGGGAGAGUGUUGCAAGGGAGAGUGUUGCAAGGGAGAGUGUUGCAAGGGAGAGUGUUGCAAGGGAGAGUGUUGCAAGGGAGAGUGUUGCAAGGGAGAGUGUAGAAAGGGAGAGUGUUGAAAGGGAGAGUGUUGAAAGGGAGAGUGUUGCAAGGGAGAGUGUUGCAAGGGAGAGUGUUGCAAGGGAGAGUGUAGAAAGGGAGAGUGUAGAAAGGGAGAGUGUAGAAAGGGAGAGUGUAGAAAGCGAGAGUGCUGAAAGGGAGAGUGCUGAAAGGGAGAGUGUAGAAAAGGAGAGUGUAGAAAAGGAGAGUGUAGAAAGGGAGAGUGCUGAAAGGGAGAGUGUAGAAAAGGAGAGUGUAGAAAGGGAGAGUGCUGAAAGGGAGAGUGCUGAAAGGGAGAGUGCUGAAAGGGAGAGUGUAGAAAGGGAGAGUGUUGCAAGGGAGAGUGUUGCAAGGGAGAGUGUUGCAAGGGAGAGUGUUGGAGAGUGUAGGAAGGGAGAGUGUAGGAAGGGAGAGUGUAGAAAGGGAGAGUGUUGCAAGGGAGAGUGUUGCAAGGGCGAGUGUUGCAAGGGCGAGUGUAGAAAGGGAGAGUGUUGCAAGGGCGAGUGUUGCAAGGGCGAGUGUUGCAAGGGCGAGUGUUGCAAGGGCGAGUGUAGAAAGGGCGAGUGUUGCAAGGGCGAGUGUAGAAAGGGCGAGUGUUGCAAGGGAGAGGCGAGUGUAGAAAGGGCGAGUGUAGAAAGGGCGAGUGUUGCAAGGGCGAGUGUUGCAAGGGCGAGUGUUGCAAGGUUAAUUUCCAAGCCUUGA